GUUUCCUGUGUUAAGUGGAUACCACAAUCACACGAAGUUGUACAAACUGGAGAAGACAAAAUGGUCAAGGUCUGGGACACACGGACACUGACACCAGCAUUUACCUUCCCUCCAAAACAAUAUUUCCAGACAUGUUGUGACUGUUCUGAUGAUGGUAAAUACAUUUUGACUUGUAACAAUGGUUUUAACAGAAGUGGUUGUGAAGCAACUCUGUGGGAUUUGAGGCAGAAGAAGCAAGUUUAUCAGUAUGUUGGACACACUCAGACGGCAUCAGCAUGUAUUUUCCUGCCAUUUACUGAAGGCAUAGCUCCACACCCGUUGAUCGCUACAGCAUCACAUGACUCAACGCUUAGAAUAUGGAAAAGAGAAACUAAAGAAUGUAUUCUAGUUGAGGAAUUUCCCGGUUCUGGUCCACUAACAAGUUUAACGGCCUGGCCCAAUGGAGGUCUCUGUGUGUCAAGCUUCCAUGUUGGGAUCUACAAGCUCAAUUUACAAGAGAAAGAUGAUGGUAAACUAACAUUAAAGAGAAUGGUCCACUUUUGACGUCCGCAGACACAACAACUAUUAGUUAAAGUAAUAUGAUUUUUAGGUAGUGAUAAUAGGCAAUGUGCAGCGACGCCAUUUUGAACAACAAAGCAUUAUGGGAGAUUUUAUUCAGCGCACAUUACAUAUCUACUUAAAGUCUCCCUAAAAGCCGUUAUAAUAUUUUCUUCUUUGUAAAAACGGCAAAACUACUUCUAUUUUUGUAAAGAAAAAGCAAAAGAACCUAAGCUUAGCCAACGUUAAAGUGAUUGGACUACAACCCCCAUCAUGCCUUGCUGAUUAAAAUGGCGUUGCUGCAUAUUGACUAUCAAAGCAGCUAGUCCCAUAGUCCGGCUUUUCAAAGGGGCUAUGGCCCUUCAGUUAGACAUAGCGCGUUUUAAAAACCCUCUACUUUUCAUAUAAAUGUCUGUAAAUCAAAAUUUACAAGAAAAUUACAGAAUUCAAAGCGCGCUAUGUUUUCCAGCGAGGGUAAAGAUACAUGUAACCAUUGAUGAUUUUAUUUUAUUUUAUAAAUUAUUAUCUUUCUUGUAAAUACUUAAUAUACGUCAAAAUGAUAUCAUAUAUAUUAAUCAAUAUAGUUUUAGGAAUUCUGUACAUUGAAAUUAAAAAACGGCUCUGUAAUGUAUAAUAAUAAGAAGUUCAUGUAUUCAAGGAAUACUCAAACAGUUUUUCCGCAUCGCAGAUCUUUGUCRGGGUCAAGCAGGUUACAUCAUCGAAUCUAAGACAGAAAGGGAGCUUCGUAAAGCAAAUAUUUCGUAUAAUAUCAUAACUAUAUCACUGUUUCAGUUCUAACACUGCAUGCUCUGAAUUAUCAUGGACUCGCACAGUCAAUCCAUUAACGUUGUUCGGUUGUAUAAAGACAUAUUAAAAGACAAAAACAAAAUCAUUUGAAUAUAUCAUAUAUUUUUUGCAACAAUAUUUAACUUUAAGUUGCAAAACGUCAUUUGAAUGUCAAUAAAAUUUAGAUUUGUUAUAUUUAUCUGGAGUUUUAAAUUAGAAAAAUGUCCCGGGACUUUUGAUUUUUUUUGCUAUCUUUAUGUCUUUACAACUGACCAACGUGAAGUUGGAUUGGCCGUUUGUAAGAAAGGAAUAUAAUUAAAAUGUGUGAUUUCUGAAGGUUUUUCGGUCCUAGCAUAGAUGACAGCGCCUUUUUCAACCCGACAAAGUACAAUUUUAUAAUUAGGUUUAUGCGAAUGGUAAAAAUUGAAUUGAUACUAAGUUGAUAUUAUUUUAGGAACGGGUUCUACUGACAGUGUGCUGAAUUCCCAGUUUCUGUUGCUCAUUUUCGGUCAUCGGACGUGUAGUAUUCCUAUUUUCUAACUUAAUAAACUCAUUGGAAAACGC